AUGGAUACCGGCGCCACGUUGCGAGUUUCACGCGUACUUCUUACUGGACCUCCUGGCAUAGGAAAAACUACAUUAUGUAAAAAGUUAGCUUCUAUUAUGGAGGAACAAAAUUAUAAGUUUAAUGGAUUUUAUACUGAAGAAGUACGAGGUCAAAGUAAUAGCAGAAUUGGAUUUGAUGUUGUAUUGGUGAAAAAUCAUGAAAAAAGAUCAACAUUGGCACGAAUUGAAAAUGUAAUAAACCAGUCGCAAUAUUCUAAGUACAGAGUGGGAAACUAUCAUGUGUUUCUUAAUGAAUUUGAAGCAACAGCAUUACCUAUCUUUGAUUCCAAAGCAGAUAUAUUAAUAAUAGACGAAGUUGGGAAAAUGGAGUUAUUUAGCCAGAAAUUUCAUGAUAAAAUAAUAGAAUUAUUUUUUGGAACUUCAAGCAAACCUUUUAUAAUUGCAACAAUACCUCAAAUACAUAAGGUACCGCAACGAUAUUUAUCAUUAUUCCAGAGACUUCAUGCAGAUAAAAGAUGUAAACUUAUAACUGUGAAUCAUCAAAAUCGAAAUAAUUUAGCAGAAGAAAUUUUUCCACUUAUUUUAUAA